AUGUCUACACUCCAAGUAGCCAACGAUUGGAAUUCAUCAUGUUCAGCUCCGGGCUGGGGCGAUAUUCCCACAGAAAUCUACGGGGAAAUUCUUUCCUUCUUGCCUGUAUUGCCAUAUUGUUUCAAAUUCUCGUCUGUGUGCAAGAGCUGGAGUGAACAAGUGGAUUACCUAUUAAAUUCCAUGAGUAGAAAUGCCGAACAAUUUAAUUUUCAUUUGCACUUUGGCUAUGUCAAUGCUUCUAAAAUUGAAUAUGUGGAUUUGUUACGAAUCAUUGCCAGAUGUCGUGGAGUUAAAAAGAUCACCUUGGUCAAUAUGGUUGUUAGUAACGAAGUCUUGAACGCCAUUGCAUUAACUCGCGUAGAAACUCUCAUUAUCAGUGAUUGUGCAUUGCGAUCCUCUUACACGGAAAAGCGUUAUGGCAAUGAUGUUGUACUUCCAUUUGGAAAUAAGGACAUCGACGAUCUCUCGACAAUAUUCCCGUCCUAUUGGGGUCGUCGAUCAUUUGCCAACGCAAGACAGCGUAAAGAGGAUUUACAAAAUUUCAAACAAAUUUUGGGAAAUCAAAACAAUGAUCCAGAAACUAAAAUCGUUACACGAUUCCAGUUUUUAAAGUAUAUAUUAUUUAUCAAUAUCAGUGGUACUAUAACUUUGAAUGAAACAUACAGCGCCAAGUAUAGAAAAUUAGAUGUUUUUGAUCCAGGUGAGACUGAUCUGACAACCUUAAAUUUUGCCGCUGACAAAGAGAUUCUCGACAACUUGGACGACUAUAAUUACAUUAAGAGAUGUUUCACAACACUUCUUACCGUGAAUAAUCAUUCACCUAUUUACAUCACUGCUUUAUAUUUAGAGGACGAACAUUCUUCCUCCAGAUAUUCCCACUAUUUGACAUUACAGCCCGAUCCUGCACGAUUAUAUUCCCAAUGGUACACUCUAAGAAAAUCAAUUCCAAUUUUCUCACUUUAUUCUUUCUCUGAGUGGGUAGCAAUCUUGGAAAAAUAUAAUCUAUUUCAUUGCUUUGAUCCCAGUAAUUUAAACAGUAUGAGUGACCAGAGACUUAAAGAAUGUAUGGAAGCAAAGCUUAUCCCACCGUUUGCUCUCUGUGAUGGUAAGACAUUUCUAGAAAUAAGAUACUUGAAACCAAUGUUGGAUGCCAUUCCCAUGCUGUCUAGUGCUUCAAAAAAGGGCAAGAAAUAUGCAGAUUGGAGAAAUACAGAUCUAGUGGCAUCUUGUAUAAAAUUCAUUACAUGGAUUCAUGAAAACCGUCCAGAUACUGUUGAUGAAGAAGAUGCAGCUGUCAAGAAAGCUCUCAAAGCUUGUAAAGAUGUAGAUAAGAAAUGGAAGACAUGGUUUGAGUCAGUGACAUUUGAUACAAAACCCGAAGACAUGAUUUGUUGGGCACACUUUUUACUGACAGGAAAAUAUUCGGCCAAUUCUAAGAAAACGAUGAAAAAAGCACAAACAGAACUAGACAUGGAAAGCGAUGAGGAGGAAGAGAAGCCAAAGAAAAGAACAUACAACAGAAAGAAGAAGAAGCAGAUCGAUUCUGACGAGGAAAAACCAAAAAAGAAAGCAGCAUCAAAAAGAAAAAAGAAACAAGCUGAUGACGAAUCAACUGAAAAAGAAAGCAAGAAGAAGAAAAGUACUGCCCCACCUCCAACAACAGAACGAAGAGUCACUCGAAGUUCUUCCAAGUCAGUCCAAUAA